GUAUUUAUUUUCUACAAGUAGGUAUUUGCAUACGGUAUUAAUUUUCUGUGUUACGAUUCGGUGUUGUUUAAAGGGUAGUUUUGUAUGGAAAUUAUUUAAAAUAGUACCGCCCUGGUUAUGAAUUACUAUGUUUUCAGUUUUCCUAUAUAUUGAUUUAUAUUAAAAAAAAUGAAGUAGUAUCGGUAAAGCAAAUCCGACAACACCGUCGUAAACCUUUCACAUUUCGAACGACUAUUGGACGGAGGUUUAUUAUAUGUUGUGAGCGUCGCGCGCGGACGAUUUUAGAAUGCACGGGAAAUUGUUUUAAAUUGAUGUGAAUAUCGUGAAAAUCGUGAAAAAUGAGCGUCAAAUACACCGGCGGUAUCUCACACGAGGAAUGUCCCACCGAAGAAUUACUUAACCCUUUCGUACAUCGAUUGGAAUUGGAAACUACUUAUGAAAAAAUUAGAACGGCUAUAUUAACAGUCGUUCUUCUACCCAUAAGAGUGUCGAUUAUAUGUUUUUUCGUCAUCGUCGGUUGGAUAUUCGCUUAUAUCGGUUUAUGGGGUCUGUCCGAUGAAGAAUUACGACAAAAACCGUUAGACGGUUGGAGAAAGAAACUGAAACAUUUGAUAUGUAUCAUCGGACAAAAUUGUCUGGUCGCCGGAGGUAUGAAUAUAAGCAUAAAAGGGAGACAGGCUACCAAACGUGAGGCCCCCAUAUUAGUAGCUGCCCCUCAUUCCACGUUUCUUGACGGGGGUAUCGUAUAUCUUGUCGGUUUCCCGUCUAUGAUUUGUAGACGGGAAAGCGGAGCCAACAACCAUAUCGGAAAAUUGAUAAAUUUCACGCAACCAGUAUACGUAUGGAGAGACGAUCCUAAUUCUAGACAAAAUUCGAUAAAAGAAAUCAUAAAUAGGGCAACGUCAGAUUUGGACUGGCCCCAAAUUUUAAUUUUUCCAGAAGGAACUUGCACCAACAGAUCGUGUCUCAUUACAUUCAAACCGGGCGCUUUUUAUCCGGGAGUACCGAUACAACCCGUUUGCAUUCGAUAUCCGAAUAAAUUGGAUACGGUGACUUGGACUUGGGAAGGACCUAGUGCGUGGAAACUUUUGUGGUUGACAUUAACUCAACCGUACAGUAAUUGUGAAAUCGAAUUUUUGCCGGUAUAUACGCCGAACGAAGAGGAAAAAAGGGACUCCAAGUUGUUCGCCAGAAAUGUUAGAGCCGUUAUGGCAAAAGCUUUAGGUGUACCGGUUAUAGAUUAUUCAUACGACGAUUGUCUAUUGAUGACAAGAGCCAAAGAAAUGCAUUUACCUUACGCACCGUCUCUAGUAGAGGUUAACAAACUGAGAGAUCGGUUGGGGUUGCAGAAUACGAAAACAGAAGAAACUUUGAUCGAUUCCGAUUCGAUUUGUAGAGAUUGCAGCAAAAUAAGUUACGUAGAAUUCGUAAAACUACUUAAUAUACCCUCUAAUUCACCAGCUUCUCAACAACUCUUCAAAAUAUACGACAAAGAAAAUUCCGGUUUAAUAGAUUUUAGGGAAUAUUUAUUGGGGGUAUUGGGUAUAGAAAAAGACAAAAAUCCCUUGGAUGUCCUCCGGAUAGCUUGUAAGAUAUAUGAUAGUAGCGGACACGGACGUUUGGUUAAAGAAGAUUUUUGUAAAGCGGCGUGUCAAACUUUAGCUCUAAGUAAAGAGCAUGCCUUGGAAAUAUUCGAACAAGCCGAUCGUAAUCGACUCGGAUACAUCACAAUUGAAAAUUUCAUCAAUUUCGCUCAAAAGAAAGCUGAAUUCGCGUCUUUCUUCGAUAUAAGCUCCAAAGAGAAGAAAAAUUCCCGAAUGAACGGGGAGAUAUUGGGUCCUAAUUAUCACACAAAAAAAGUCGACUGAUACGAGUGUUUAAACCAUAUGUAAAUAUUGAAGGAACGAGCAUUUAGUGGUAUUGAGUAGUGUGUCAAUAUCGAACAUUCAACUACGUACUUAAAGCGUUUCAAAGUUUAUUUAAAAUACAAGUGAAGUAUUUUAAAGUGGACUCGAAGAUAAUAAUAAUAAGAAAGUAGUUCCCAUUUUACGUCCCAUUUCCCAAAAACCAAACUCAUCUUUAGUAUUAAAAUGACUAGAAAAUAAUAAAAAUCCUUUUCGAAUAUUAUGUAGUGCACCUUGUAUAUUAAUGUAUUAUUUUGUUAAUAAAUGUAAUUUUAAUGUUUAAA